GGUCUUAUUGCUGGAACUGCUGCUGGAACUUCAGCUCAAGGUGCGGGAAGUGCGGAGUUUGGCUCGGGAAGUGGGCGAGAAUCCGAGGCUGGUCUUGGGGAAUUGAGGGAACUAAGGAUCGAUGUUGGACAUGAUUUGGGUUCGAGGUGUUUGUCUGGGGGAGAGGGUAGGGGUGAGCUAGCAAAAUCGGGUGCAAAUGGGGGGUCUCGAGAAGAAAAGCCUGAAAUGAGCGAAGGCUCAGGGAGCGGGCAGCCGUCAUCAGGAGAUCGAAAGACGGAGGAAUUGGGUGGUGGUUGUACGACACCGCUGGCGGAAGAGCAGCCUCAACAAGGCGGCAGCAGCAGCACCUCAGCAAACGCGUCCACAUCGCAUUUGUAUCCGUCUUUAACAGUUUUAACUGGGCAUCUUUCGGCGUCUCAGCCGGAAAUUGGAUCUCAAAGUGGUGGAGUUUGGAGCGGGGUUGACGCCCAGAAUCGUGAUUCGAGCAGAUCGCUGGAGAGAUCGGACACUUUGAAAGCUGAGCAGCAGGCAGCGGAGGAGGAACAGGCAGUGAAAUUG